ACAGUUUUUUAUUUCUGCUCCGUCCUCAGCCAGGAGGGAUCAGGCUUCCGUCCGCAGCCCCAGCCCCUGAGAUGAUGCAGGCGAAGACCGCAGCCACUCCCCGGGGGGCCACACGGACUUUUCCACGGCGCUUCGCACAGGGUGGGGGCCUCUGGGGGCCCUCUCCUCGCUGCCCCGCCUCCCCAACCCGCUCUGUCAGCGGCUCUGGUUUUGCACACGCAGCAGGAGUGGCCGAGUGCCAAGCCUCCGACCCCGUCCGCGCCCCCGUCCUCACCCUCCACCGCCCUCCCCCUUCCCCGGUCCCGGGGCAGAGAGCACUCUCCCACACUCUGACCCGACCGGGGCCCUCCCUGGGGCUUCCGGGGGGCGUCUUGAACUACAGGGAAAACGGAGUGCAUGUUGUCGUUGUUUCUCACGUUGGAAGAGCAAGUCCAUUCGGAAAGCCACAGAGGCAGGAGACGUGAGCCAGCAGGGCUGCCUGGGCUCCGGAGCCCCGUGCCAGGGGCCGGAGGGGACCCUGGGGCUCAGGAGGGGGAGGGCACAGCCUGAAGCCUCGAUGGUCAGUCCCACGCUCGGUGACUCUUGCUCCGAGGGCGGCCCCAGGAACCACGUGCUGCUGCUCCCCGUGACCGAGGGGCCCUUCGGCGUCACCCAACUCCUCCCCGGACGGAAUGAGCCGCGGCCCUCUCUGCGUGCCCACGGCUUUUCACAAAUGCUCCCGGAGACGCUUAUCCAGAGGUCUCCCCAGGAGAGGCUGGAGGCCCCGGGCUCGAUGACCUUGGUCGACCUUGGCGAAGGAAGACGCAGCGCGGUGCCCGGCGCUCCGGCGUCUCCGCUCGGGACAGGGCAGGGCGGCGGGGACCAGCCCCCGGGAGCACCCCCUUCCCUCACCUGCGGGCCUCUGCCCACCCCAGGAAGUCGGCCGCCCACCCGGCAACUCUCGGCGGGCCCGCCGGCUGCGGGGUGGACACGCCCCUCCCCCCGGAAGGCCGCACCCAGAAGGCGAGCCGGAGAAGGGGAGCCUUCCAGAAGGAAACCCGAAGUGUUUGCCAUGCGGCCAGGGAGCCCCUGCACCCCCGGACAGGCAGCUGAGAGACGCAGGGAGCCCUGGGAGCGAACCCACGCUGGGAAGCGAGAAGAGGGCGUGGGCACUGCUGCUUGGAAGGAAACGCUGGUGGAGAAACGCCGGGCUGAGAGGGCCUAGCAGGAGCCUGUUGCGUGAGGGAAGGCAGGAG